AUGCAACCGAGUCUUGUUGUCAAACUCUUCCGUAUCCCAGCCGUCGCCAUGCUGGGACAAGUCAUAAUUGUCGCCUUGAGUGUCUUGUCCUGCACGGCCUCCUCCCUUCAGGGCCGGACGAUCCUCCAGAAUGGCCAGGUCAAGAUCACCAACUAUCCCAACACGGCAAUCGACAAGUCCAGCCGCUCGUUCCACAGCUACCCGGCCAAUGCGUCGCAGCUGUCUUACAAAGGGAGAUGGGACUCGAGGAAGAUAUCAUGGUGGUCUCGCAUGGAGGGGAAAAGGGCACCCGGUCUGAAGUUUGGCUACACCGGCCAGACAGUCGCUGUGACUUUUGGGCCUGAGACCAUCGACACGACCCUCAUCGGCUACCGCAUCAAUGGCAUGGACUGGCAGUUCACCAACGUCACGACAGGGGGAACGCACCUCCUGGUCACCGAGUCGACACCGGGCGUCAACGAGACGCACCCAUUCGACCCGUCCGUCUUCGAGCUGCGGGUGACCAACUGGGCCUACGGAGUCCAGGUCGACCAGGUCCACGUCGCCGAGGGGCAGAGGCUCGUCAAGAUCCCCGCCUUUGGCCGGAACGUCGAGUUCAUCGGCGACAGCCUGCAGGCCGGCAUGUACACCUCGUUCGAGGGCCUGUCGAGCUUCGCGUACGCCACCGGCGCGGGGCUCGGGGGCACGGAGUACUCCGUGACGGCCUACCCGGGCAUCUGCGUGUCGGACCAGGACUGCUGGGGCAAUCCCCGGGGCCAGUCGCAUCAGUGGUUCUACGCCUCUGACACGUCGCCGCGUGCCGCGCGGAUAUGGGGAGACAAUCCCGAGCCCUGGAACUUCACCCAGCAGCAAGACGCAGACCUCGUCAUCAUCAACCUCGGCACCAACGACGCCAACUCGGCAAACAAUGUGUCCUCCGAGACAUACGUAGAGUCCUACAAGAGAUUGAUCGAGGGCGUUCACGGCGUCUGGCCAGGUGCCCAGGUGAUCAUCAUGUCCAUGUGGCAAGGAUUCUUCAAGUACGGCAACAGUUAUGGACAGGACACAGAUUUUGCCCAGGAAGUACUCGACGUCUACCGUUUCUUCAACUCGAAAGACUAUCUCGAUCGACCUGUCGCCUGGAACGGCACGACCAACUCGACCAAGAAGGCGUGCAAGCCGACGCGGCCCUUUGUGCACUACUUCAACACCACGGGCAUCUUGCAGCACAACGAUAUCGGACCCCAGUGGCAUCCGACAGAUGUCGGUGCGAUCAAGGUGGCAAGCCAUCUGAUCCGGUAUAUCAACCUCAAGUUCGGCUGGGAUCUCUAUGCCAACGGGCCAGAGGUUCUUCACGACACUCUGUACUGGAACGACGAGUCGGCCUAUUGA